CAUAUCCAAUAAUUAUAGGACUUUAUGAAACAACCCGUAUGGGAUGAAAACACCUUCAGAGAUGUUUUGAUUCCAACAGUUCUCUCCUUCUUGAAGGAGGGGAUUAACGGGAUUGCCAAAAAACAGAUUCUAUCAACAAACAUCAUAUGCCGUAGGGUGGAUCCAGAAGACGAACAAUUUCCGUUAUUGACGCAUGGCGACCGUUCUUCGUCGAAUUACUGGAAGGACGUUGCUGACAGGUUUGGCGUUUCUUACUGUAGGACAGAGGGAGAUGUGAUUGCCGAAGCAGAGUUCCGCCCUUUCCGAAUUAUCCCUCAUAUCGUCCCCAUUAUUGCUAUCAUUUAUUGCGACAAACAACUGGUCAUUGUCUAUGAUGAACUGAGUUCUGAUUGGGUGGAUCUGAAUGUCGUUUUGCGAUAUCCUUAUGCUAACAUCGAGCAGUAUUCACAGGUUCACAACUUCGUCGUGGCAUCCAUUGCUGACGUAUACUUUCAACUGGAUCGUUUGCGAUUUUAUGUAAAGGAUCCAUUGUUUCUUUGCGACAAUGUGUUCUGGUUGCUGUGUGAUCCAUUUGGAAGUAGUUACGAUGAAUAUCCUUUCGAGGACUUUGAAUAUCAAAGUCCCACAACUUCAAGCUGGGUCAAUGGAACCAUGUCGAAUUACGAUUACAUAAUGGUCCUGAACAAAGCUGCAGGUCGGGUCAGAGGAGACGUGCAUAAUCAUCCGAUAUUUCCUUGGGUUUGCGAUUUCAAACAGAGGGACGGUGGAUGGCGCGACCUAUCAAAAACAAAAUACCGUCUAACGAAAGGAGAUGAUCAGUUAGGGCAAAAUUAUCAGCAUCUAUCACAUCAUAUUCCUGAAGUCUUGUCCGAUAUUGGCUACAUGGUGUACAAAGCUAGAGUGGAGUCGAAAGCUAAUCUCUGCAAGCAUGUUCGCAGCAAUUGGGUGCCUGAAGAAUAUCCAGCAAGUAUGGUCCGAAUGUAUGAGUGGACACCAGAUGAGUGCAUUCCCGAAUUCUAUGACGAUCCUUCAGUUUUGGUGUCAAAGCAUGCAGACAUGCCUGAUUUGGAGCUUCCAUCGUUUGUGGCGUCCCCAGAGGAGUUCAUUAAAUGGCACAUGGAAAUGCUGGAAAGUGAUGAGGUGUCGCGACAUCUUCAUAAGUGGAUUGACCUCAAUUUUGGACACACUUUAUCUGGUGACAUGGCGAUCGACAGUCUCAAUGUGCAUAUGUGCUUUUCGGAGCCGAAAACUCACCGGUUGCGCACCAAUGGAGUGGUGCAACUAUUUCAUCGUCCUCAUCCGAAGCGACUUCGAGGAACAAGCGGUAAUCCACUUGUGGAUUUAGACAGCCGCGGUUUUGAACUGAAAGAUUUUUCUGCCGAAGUUUCCGGAAAAUCCGAUAACGAACCGGAAUCUCUGUUGGAAAUCUAUCAAAGAAAAAUGAAGGAGCUGAAAUUCAAAACACCUGCUGAAGAAAUGUUCCUCUCAUUUGUGCACACCUUAUUUCGAUUUCGAGGUCACUUUUUGAGAUUCAUACCGCUGCAGGAGUUUGAUGCAAACAACAAACGAUUCAUUGAGAACUCCUUCGACUUACCAAGCUCUUGGUCGGAGCUUGUCAAUGAGAUCGUAAAUGGCUGCGCUGAGUUUACCAACUCCAAAAGAAUCCCCUUUUAUCUUCUUCAUGCUCUCGAAAUUCCUAUGGAGAUUAUUGAUUUUCAUGACACGAUCUCCCACUAUUAUUCAUUCCAUCUUCUCAGGAAAUCUAUCGUAGUCCAGGGCAAUGAGAUACGACUCCAAGAGGUGCUGUUACGUGAGAUCGAUGCGCUCAAGAAUGCAAUGGAAAGUUGUGUGAUGGAGAACUCCUCGGUUCGAUUAUUCGAACGUAUGAUUGCAGACAAGGAAUCCGCUGUGCAGGCGGUCCAUCGUCUCUUCAUUGUCAUCUGUAGAACAUUUGACAAUCAGUCAUUCGAUCAAAUCUUGAGACCACUCGUCAAGCUUCUUGCUUGCGAUUCAUCUAUCAAGCUGCUAGAUCGUCGCUUCUUGUUACCAGCCUCUAUCGCUUAUGGCACUUCAAGAUUUUUGAAGGAGUUUCUACCCACAGUCAUUGAAGCCGUUGCAUCACUUCAGAUAGAUCGAAGCAUGGUAGCUAAGGAGAGCGUAGUUUGGCUUUCCAAAAGAUAUGGACCUGUAAUAAGUGCCCGAUUCAUUACGGCUAACCUAUUGCGGGUUCUGGGUUCCUGUUAUACGGGUAUGGCACUAAUGGGAACUAACCAAGAACCUCAGUCUGUAUUCACUCUUCCACUAAUUGGAGAUGAAUGUGGCGCGAGAGUUGAGGCUUGUUUAACGGAGAUUGCUGCCACUUACAGUGUUACUUUUGUGACUGUUCAAUAUUUACCAUUUUGUGUUGAUAUAGUGGAACAGGCCAUGAAACGGCUUACUCCACCCAUUGAGGCAGGUCUGUUGGCAGCGUUUCGAAUUGCUAGACUUAGCGCCAAGUCAAUGACGGAUCAUCAGUUAAUGAACUAUCUUGAGGACUACAUCGUGGAUAAGAUAAUUGUUCGAGCGCUGCAACUGACAUUCAAUGCCAAUUCCUCUUUUUAUGACAACCGCUCCAGAACUAUCGUCGCUGCUGGGGCUGUGUCAUUGUUGUAUAACAUCUCAAUGCGGAUAGGUCUUGAAAAUACGAGAAUGUAUGCCAGAAAGCCAUUUGAACUGAUGUUCGAGACUUUUGGGAAAUUAUACGAAGCAGAUGAGCAGUUGAGAAUAUCUCCAAAAAAAUUGAAAGCUGAUGAGGCAAUUGCUUUCAUUCCACUUUGGUUUGUCUCCUCUGUUAUAGACAGGUUUGCAAGCUCUUGGGGUGUACCACUGCUGUCUUCUUUCUGCUCAGAUCCAGCUUUUCUCGUUCCCUUUGUUAGCUCUCAAGUGGCAAGUUCUCCAUCCUCACCUUUGCGAAUGACAUCGGUUUAUCAGUUGAACAGCUUCCCUUCGGGUAAUCGACUGCUAUCCUUGUCAUCCCCACCAUCGCACUCAAGCCUCUCCAGCAUCGGUGGAGUCGGACUAUGUGAAUCAACUUCGUUGAGUGCUCUCUGGUGUGCCCGAAUAUCUGCUGCUGUAUGUACAGCUGAAGGAAGAACUGCUCUACGCUUUGAUCAUCUCUCGUUGUGCACAUUCAAUGGCCACGGCUCAACCGUCCGCCGAAUUGUCGCACUUUCGAACGAAAAUUCAUUUAUCUCCGCAUCUUCCGACAAAACUGUCAAGCUUUGGUCUAUCAAACCUGAGCUAGACGCAGUCGAGGCACAGCAGACAUACAGUAGACAUCAGCGUUCCAUUCAGGACGUGGCUCUUCUGGCCAAUAAUCUCAUCGCAUCGACUGACGGGAUUCUCCAUGUAUGGGAUCCAUUUCGAGGUGCAAUUAUUGCCCAACUAGACUGGGAUUCUGAACCAACUAUCUCUGGACUAGCCCAUGUGGAUCGACAUUCAAUGGCAGCUAUCUCCAGUCUUCACUCAACCGUUCGAUUACUAGACACACGAACGGGUGGCUGGACCAGCGAACUAAAAGUGUCAAACUUACCCGGCCUUACCAGGGCAUUUUCUGUACGAGAUUCUGGUCGUAAAAUGGUUGUUGCUUUAUCAAACGGGACUUUGGUAGUUCUUGAUGCUCGAACCGGUAGAUUAACAUCUCUUUCUCAUGGAAAUAAUACACAUACUACUGCGGUAAAAUGGCUAACCGAGACAGAUUUCCUUGUGUGUGAUGCUGACGAACCUGGGACCAUCUUUUCCGCCAACCCGCGAAUAUGUACCGUUCGUAAAUUUGCCGACACUGUCACGAGCGCAUUUGUCAGUGAUGACAAGCUCGUGACGCUUCAGGGCGGUAGUGUCCUCAGGGUUUACGGUGGAGCUGACACACUACUGGAAGCCAAAAUCAAACUAGAUAAUCAAUCUGGUAGUCCUUCUUCAAUCUGCUACUUACCUCUAAAUAACGCAUAUCUUGUGGGAUCAAGUCAGGGUUCUAUUCGCUUAAUGUGCUAAGCAUUCCUAUUUACUGUACACAUUUUGCUUCAUGGGUUGUUACGUUCUCACCUCUUCUUGUACGGUUUAGUCUGUGAUAUUUUCAUUGACAGCGCUUUUGCUCUACUUACAAUGAAU